AUGCAAAUUCUCAGUAUAGCUGAUGACUGCAUGAGCUUUGGAAAUAUCGUUCAUGAAUUGGGGCAUGCAAUAGGUCUUUUUCAUGAACACAAUCGUCCAGAUCGUGAUGACUAUGUGGAAAUUCUUGAAGAUAAUAUUAUGAUUGGUGAAGAAAGCAACUUUGUGAAAGAAUCAGAAAAUAGUUCUUCAACUCUGGGACAGGCUUAUGACUAUCGUUCUAUAAUGCACUAUACAAGAAGUGGUUCAGCAAGAGGACCUGGUUUAGACACAAUCAGACCGUUGAAGAAAAUCAAUGAUAAAUGGCCAGUACUUGGUCGAAGCAAUCGUCUCAGCCGAGGUGAUAUUGUGAUGGCAAACCUCCUGUACCACUGUCUAAAAUGUGGUGGAACUCUAUCGGGUCCUGAUGGUAUUUUUAGCUCUCCGACAAGAAUAAGCACACAGCUUGAUGUCAAACAUUGUCAAUGGAUAAUCAGAGCAGCUGAAGGUCAUCGAAUAAAACUUUCAAUCAAAUCAUUGAAUGUUCGUGAAAGCAUUGAUUGUUCAACAGAUUAUCUGGAAAUUCGGAAUGGUUUCCGGAAAAACAAUUACGUCAUAGCUCAUUAUUGCGGAGAAUAUGAAACACCACUUAUCAUUAACAGCAAUAUUGUGCAAGUCUUACUAAUAAGAACUCAUGUUGAAUACGAUGUGCCAGCUUUUGUAAUAGAGUACGAGGCCGUGUGUAGUAAUGAUAUCUACAUUGAAUAUAAUGAUACAUUUUACUUGGAAUCACCAAAUUAUCCGGAACGAUAUGGACCCAACAAACUGUGUUAUUGGUACAUUACUGCACCAGAGGAUCAUUUUAUAUCAAUAACGUUCUAUCAUUUUGAGUUACAAGAUAGUCCAGGUUGCAUAAGUGAUGUUUUGGAAGUACGAGAAGGUGAUAAUUUUCAGGCUCCAAUUAGUAGAAUUUAUUGUGGAAGAAAAGACAGUUUGGAAAUAACGUCAACGGGACGACUUAUGCUUCUAAGAUUUGUUACCGAUUCAUCGAUUAAUGGAAAUGGGUUCUCUGCUAUGAUAACUGCGAAACCAAUUAAUGACUAUAAUUAA